CUCUGACCAAUAGGCGGCCUCCAUGGGCGUAUGCGCUGUGGUAAGGCUUCCCUUUUGGCCGAGCAGCGUGUGUCAAGGCGGUGAUUCUGGGAGCCGAAACCGAUUCAUUCUGUGACAACAGCGACUUCUAGAGCUGAUUCAGAAUGGACUCGUCUUUGAGCGCAGCUCAAAUUCGCCAAAGGUUCAUCGACUUCUUCGUGCGCUAUGAGCACCAGUACGUUCACUCCUCGUCCACCAUCCCUCUGGACGACCCCACGCUGCUCUUCGCCAACGCCGGCAUGAACCAGUUCAAGCCGAUCUUCCUGAACACCAUCGACCCGUCUCACCCCAUGGCCAAGCUGCGGCGCGCUGCCAACACCCAGAAAUGCAUCCGGGCCGGAGGAAAGCACAACGACCUGGACGACGUGGGGAAGGACGUCUACCACCACACCUUCUUUGAGAUGCUCGGCUCCUGGUCCUUCGGGGACUAUUUUAAGCAUCUGGCCUGUAAGAUGGCUCUGGAGCUGCUGACUCAGGAGUUCGGUAUUCCCAUCGAUCGGCUGUACGUCACUUACUUUGGGGGGAAUUCUGACGCAGGCCUGGAGCCCGACCUGGAGUGCAAGCAGAUCUGGAUGGAUCUUGGUGUGGACGAGGCUCGCAUCCUGCCGGGAAGCAUGAAGGAUAACUUCUGGGAGAUGGGAGACACCGGUCCCUGCGGUCCCUGCAGUGAGAUCCACUACGAUCGGAUCGGCGGGAGGGACGCGUCUCACCUGGUGAACAUGGACGACCCCAACGUGCUGGAGAUCUGGAACCUGGUGUUCAUCCAGUUCAACAGAGAGUCAGAGACGGAGCUGAAACCUCUCCCUAAGAAGAGCAUCGACACGGGGAUGGGCCUGGAACGCCUGGUCUCUGUCCUCCAGAACAAGAUGUCCAACUAUGACACCGACCUUUUCGUCCCGUAUUUUGAGGCCAUUCAGAAGGGUACCGGCGCGCGACCUUACUCCGGUAAAGUGGGAUCAGAUGACGCUGAUGGCAUCGACAUGGCGUACCGCGUCCUCGCCGACCACGCCCGCACCAUCACCAUCUCACUGUCGGACGGCGGGCGGCCUGACAACACAGGCAGAGGCUACGUGUUGAGGAGGAUCCUGCGUCGUGCAGUUCGCUAUUCACACGAGAAGCUCGGAGCUAAGAGGGGCUUCUUCGCCUCCCUGGUGGACGUGGUGGUCGAUUCUCUGGGCGACGCCUUCCCAGAGUUGAAGAAAGACCCAGAGAUGGUGAAGGACAUCAUCAACGAGGAGGAAGCACAGUUCCUCAAAACACUCAGCAGGGGGCGCCGCAUCCUCGACAGGAAGAUUAUGAGUCUGGGAGACGGGAAGACGAUCCCCGGAGACACAGCAUGGCUGCUGUACGACACGUACGGUUUCCCUCUGGACUUGACCUCGCUCAUCGCGGAGGAGAAGGGCAUGCAGGUGGACCUGGCCGCCUUCGAGGAGGAGAAGAAAGCUGCACAGUUGAAGUCUCAGGGUAAAGGAGCUGGAGGCGAGGACCACAUCAUGCUGGACAUCUACGCCAUCGAGGAGCUGAGGAACAAGCAGAUUCCCGCCACAGACGACUCCCCCAAAUACAGAUACACCUCAGAGGAUAACGGGAGCUACGAGUUUCAGCCGGCCUCCGCCACGGUUCUGGCUUUGCGGCGUGACCGCGCCUUCUGCGAGGAGGUGAUUACAGGUCAGGAGUGCGGCGUGCUGCUCGACCAGACGUCCUUCUACGCAGAGCAGGGCGGGCAGACGUUCGACGAGGGCUACAUGCUGCGGGAGGACGACAGCUCAGAGGAUAGGAUGGAGUUCACAGUGAAGAAUACGCAGGUGCGAGGAGGCUACGUUCUCCACAUCGGAACCGUCUAUGGAACCCUGAGAGUCGGCGACCGAGUCACUCUGCACGUAGACGAGGCUCGCAGACGGCCAAUCAUGAGCAACCACACGGCCACUCACAUCUUAAACUUCGCCCUGCGCGGCGUUCUGGGGGAGGCCGAUCAGAGGGGCUCGCUGGUUGCUCCGGAUCGCCUGCGCUUCGACUUCACAGCUAAAGGAGCUCUGAGCACAGGAGAGGUCCGCCGCACUGAGGAGAUCGCUUGUGCCAUGAUAAAAGACGCUAAGCCCGUCUAUGCCAUGGAGGCUCCGCUGGCAGAAGCCAAGGCUAUCCAGGGUCUGCGUGCUGUAUUCGACGAGACCUACCCUGACCCGGUCCGAGUCGUUUCCAUCGGUAUCCCGGUCCAGGAGCUGCUUGACGACCCCAACAGUCCGGCCGGAUCCCUUACCUCCAUCGAGUUCUGCGGGGGAACCCAUCUACAGAACUCGAGUCAUGCUGCGCCGUUUGUCAUAGUCUCAGAGGAGGCCAUCGCUAAGGGCAUCCGCCGCAUCGUGGCUGUGACGGGAGCUGAGGCCCAGAAGGCCCACCGUAAAGCCGAUGCCCUGCUUCAGUCUCUGUCCGCUCUCGGAGACAAGGUGAAACAGCAGACGGCACCGAACAAGGACGUGCAGAAGGAGAUCGCCGACAUGACCGAGUCUAUAGGCACUGCCGUGAUCUCUCAGUGGCAGAAGGAUGAGAUGAGGGAAACCCUGAAGUCUCUGAAGAAGACCAUGGAUGAUCUGGACCGCAGCUACAAAGCGGACAUCCAGAAGAGAGUUCUCGAGAAGACGAAGGAGGUGAUCGAAAACAACCCCAACCAGCCGCUGCUCAUCAUGGAGAUGGAAACCGGAGCCUCAGCAAAGGCUCUGAAUGAGUCUCUGAAGCUGCUAAAGAGUCAGUCCCCGCAGACUGCCGCCAUGCUCUUCACCGUUGACCCUGAUGCUGGCAAGAUCACCUGUCUAUGCCAAGUUCCUCAGGACGUGGCCAACCGCGGUCUGAAGGCUAGUGAGUGGGUUCAGGAAUUGUGCCCCCUGCUGGACGGGAAAGGCGGUGGCAAGGACAUGUCAGCGCAGGCCACGGGCAAGAACACGCAGUCCCUGCAGGAGGCGCUACAGAUGGCGAACGAGUUUGCUAAACUGAAAUUGGGAGAGAACUGAGAGGAAUGGAGCAGGAGAGAUUGCAGCUUUGUUUUCCUCUUUUCUUCUCCGUGUAGGUCAGAAAGUAAACUAACAAACAGAUGACCACUGAAGCUCCGCCAGCAGAAAACGAGCCACUGGUAUUUAUUCAGUCUGGACACAGCUUGAAUAUAAAACAUCUUGUCAUGCACUUUUACCUGGAAGGAGAUGUGUCUCUAUUACUUAAUUGCAUGUUUAACUGAGAAGGGAAAAGAAAUGUUGGCUUCAGCCUCCUGCUAGUGCUGUGCAUCUCAGGCAGAGUCACUAAAUCGCCACUUUCCACCUCAUUUUUCUCUGGCCCAGCUCCUGACGAUCCGCCCAUUCUGUGUAAUCGCCUGUUUGUCCUCCUUUGUACUUCUCUGAGACACUUAAAAAUUGAAUUGAACUUACACCAUCAUCCUGAUUGUCAAACAAGUUUUCAGUUUACACUCUCCAUCCUCUGCUGGUUCAAAGUUUUAUAUGAUCCAAAUCGGGAUUAAUUGGAGUGCUUAGUGCUGUAACAUAGCAAACAUCCAUCAUCUGUUUAUUGCUUCUAUGUAAAAGGUUUAAUGAUAUCUGUGUAAAAUGAUUGGUAACCUGUCUUUGUGAACACCCUACUGACAUUUAGAGUGUCUAAUCAUCGUAGGUGCUUUGUCUUACAGAAAUAAUGAUGGAAUAAAUCUGACUGGUAAAAGCC